AUGCAUCUCACCACCGCCACCGCCGGCAUUGGCGCCACCGUCGCAACAAUCACUUGCGACGCGACGUUUUCCGAGAUCCAGUCGCUCGUCGCAUUCACCAGCGAGCACAGCAGCAUCUUGUAUCGCGGCAUCACAUAUCGCGGAUUCGCACGAGUUGCCGCGGAGCCCGCAAGCGCGCGCGGAUGGCGGAUAUGGGGAGGUGAAGGGGGAGGCAGAUGGGGCGGGGACGGGGGAGGGAGACGGGGAGGGGAAGGUGUAAGAAGACGAGGAGGCGGGGGACUGGCGCAAGGGAGGCGGAGAGAAGGAGGCGGGGCAGGCGAGGGGAAGGCGCGGGCCGUGGGGGGCGCAGUGGCGGAAGGCGCAGCGGCGGGGAGGGCGGCGGAGGAGACCGUGCUGGAGGUGCGGCGCGUGAGCUUCCAGCCGCACGGGUCUGACAGCUGGCUGCUCACUGACGUGUCGCUCUCGCUUCCUAAGAACAGGUCUCUCUCUCUCCCUCAGCUCUCCCCGCUCCUUCCCCCCUCCUCCCCUCUUCUCCUCCCCGCUUCUCCUCCCCGCUUCUCCUCCCCGCUUCUCCUCCCCGCUUCUCCUCCCCGCUUCUCCUCCCCGCUUCUCCUCCCCGCUCCUCCUCCCGCUUCUCCUCCCCGCUUCUCCUCCCCGCCCUCCCCGGUCCUCCCCGGUCCUCGCCGCCCUCCCCUCCCUUCCCGCCCUUCCCGCUUCUCCCCACCCACCCCGUUCUCCCGGCUCUCCCCCAUGCCAUGUGCAGCAGGAACGCUUUCCGUGGCACCAGCUGCUAUGGUAGGGGUGAAUGGUUGCCCGUCUCUUCCAUGCUUCUCGCCUGCUUCUCGUUUCUCGUGCUUCUCUUCUCCCAUGCCUCUCCCAUGCCUCUCGCAUGCCUUGCCUGCAUCAAUCAACUUCUCCCCCUCUGCCAUUCCGACCCUGCCACCCGACCCUGCCACCCGACCCUGCCACCCGACCCUGCCACCCGACCCUGCCACCCGCCCCGGCAACCCGACCCUGCACGACAGCCUAGGGCUCAUCUUCGGCCGCAGUGGGGGCGGCAAGACUACUCUCCUGCAGCUCCUAUCAGGUCUCACCACCCCCACUCAGGGCACCAUAGCCAUGCCGACACCUUCCCCUCGCUUCCUCUCACCAUCUACCCCCUCGUUCUCUUCCUCCCCUCCCCCAUGCCACCUCCCUCCCCCACCCCAUCAGCUCCUAUCAGGUCUCACCACCCCCACUCAGGGCACCAUAGCCAUGCCGGCACCUUCCCCACCAUCCCUUUCUGCCUCCUCCUCGCCCGCCUCAAUCUCCCCGCCUUCGCCCGCCCUCAUCCCUCUCUCACGCGCUGAGCUCUCUGAGAGGGUCGGCAUUGUCUUUCAGUUCCCUGAACGCUGCCCCUCUCUCUCAUUAACCCCAAAACUAUCCCCCUUCCCUCAUCCCCCACUACCCGCCCCAUCCCCCGCAUCUCCCCCUCCCCAUAUCACCGCAUCCUCCCCCCCAGCUACUUUCCUCACAGACGGUGUGCUGGCAGAGCAGAGCUCACAUUCUGCUGGCCUUCACAACUACUUCCUCACAGACAGUGUGCUGGCGGAGCUCACCUUUGGCUGGCCCUCACGAGUGGAGGACAUUCCUCUCCGCCAGGCGCUGGCUGCGCGUGUGCAGGCUGCACUCAUCGCGGUGGGGCUAAUGGGAGUGACCCUAGACACCAACCCGCGUGCGCUCAGUGGGGGCAACCAGCGCCGACUUGCCCUCGCUAUCCAACUCGUUCGGAUGCCGGAGCUGCUGCUGCUGGAUGAACCUCUUGCUGGGCUCGACUGGAGGGCGAGGACGGACGUGGUGAGGCUGCUGGCGGCACUCAAGAGGGAACGCUCCAUCCUUGUUGUCAGCCACGACCUCAGGGAGUUGGCCCCGUUAGUGGAUCGGUCGUGGCGGAUGCAGAUGGGGGGGAGGCUGAGGGAGGAGCCGCUACCAGCAGCCGUGUCAGAUGACGAAGGAGACGUGAAUUUCCCCUGGCGAGCGUGA